AGAAAUCCCAUCGUCCCUUGCAGUAAAAUUACAUCUAGGUUGAGGUAAUUUUACCUUUUAUAUGCAUUGAUGACUCGAACCCAGCCACCUCCCCGUCCUUUUUCGAUCUGGUUCGAACAUUUUUUUAUUUUUAGAAAAGAAGCUGCGAACGGUUUCGGAGGUAUCGACGGCGAACAGCGGCAUGGUGCUCAGCGGCUUGGCUAGGUCUUGGCUAGCGCCAUGGUUGGUGUUGGCGGUGCAGGCUCAAAGGCGUGGUGCUCGGUGGCAUCGGCGAUGGGGUUCCUCGGUUCCGGGCAACGCAGCGGGCCUACAUCGACUGCGACCGCUUCGUCAUCUGCGCCGGCCAUGGCGGCACUGCUCCAUCUCGCGGGCUACGGCGGUACUGUUCCAUCUAGCGGGCUAUGGCGGCGUCACGUAUUUGCAGUUGCCUGUUUCGGAGAUCCAAGUUCUGCGUCAGAUUUCUGUCGUCAAAGAUCCGGGGUUACCGGCUUUAUUGAUUUAGGAGAAAGCAAGCGGGAAAACAGUGGUGAUCAAGCGAUCAUGGUUACAAGAGGCGGAUCAAAGACUAAAAAUAAAGCACGCCGUCGACUAUCUCACUACAUCUCCCCCAAAGGGGGGCUCAAGAUAGCGUGCACCCGCCAGUCGCCACAAAUCCAAGCUUCCCCUGAUGGCACGCAGGACAUCUUCCGUCCGCGGCAGCUUAUUUCUGAAAAUGCAAUCAUUCCGCUCCUUCCAGAUUUCCUUGGCAAUCAUCAAGAACAUCGACUUGAGACCCUUCUUAAAUCCAGCCGCUGUGAGAGCGAUCAGCCUCUGGCAGUGCCUGUGUGAGCCGUGGUGCAUCUCCCGCUUCUCCUUCAAGGCUGCGCAGCCGACCCUGGUGGACGCCGUCUGCCAGAUCGAGGAGGAGAAGGGGCAGUCCCAAAGGAGGUGGAUGAACCAGCUGCUUGCUCUGUGAUGCUCCAUCAUAUAUAGAUGUACAUAGUCCAGGGAAUGAGAAGUGAAUGCACUACCGGAUCAGGAGGUGGGCACCAAGAUCCAGCAAAGAGCAACUCCUGGUGGUUGUUAUGCACAGCCUCCUCCGGCGACUCCGGCCGACCAGUAGCAAAGAGCAGUGGCUGCGGAGGAAGCCCCAACAACUGAAAUGGCGCAUCAACCAGACGCUCCGUGACGUGCGGGGAUCAGUCGCCUGCAAAAUGAUGCUAUUUGGUGCGGAACUGUGAAAAUUAGAGCUUUUUUGGGGUUCCCGGGUUAGUGCUGUUACGCCUUUGAUCCGUUCCAUCUAUUGGUGUGGUGGAUCUGAGGAUUUUUAGCCAGUAAAGUUUAUCAGAACGGAUUAUGAUGCAUUUGAUUGUGUCAAUUACAUGGGUGCUGGAGUGUCUCCCUCUAACCAAAACUGAAUGGGGAAAGCAGAGUAGUAUGAGUAUCAUCAGUGUAUUUACAUUUGGUAAUGCAAUAUGAUGCAGGCGCACCUAUCCAUGGAUCUCAUUGUCCUUUGAUGUGAAACUACAUAUUGCAGAAAAAGAUGUUAUAUGCGUGAGGCUCUUCCCAUAAAUUGAUUUUAAAUUUACUAUUCACUUGCCUAUUAGUUUGUUUGUAGGAUAUUUGCUAUAUC